AUGUCGCAACUCUACUUUCAACCACCGCAACCAAGUCCUCAAAGGAACAUCGAACUGAGUAAAUUGUUGUCGUGGAUUCUCCGUCACGGAGCGAAUGAAGAAAAAUUACCGAUUGACGCAAAUGGAUACAUUGACAUUGAUGUGAUUCUGAAAACGCACCGAUUUGUUGCAAAGAAAUUCUCAUUGAACGAAAUCAAAAAUGUGGUCGCAAACGAUCGAAAGCAAAGAUUCGCGUUGGAUACGUUGCCGAACGGUAAAAUGCGCAUCAAGGCUAAUCAAGGCCAUUCAAUGGCUAAUGUUCAAAUGACAAUGACCAAAAUUGAUGAUGCCCGCAAAGUUCCGAUUGCCGUCCAUGGAACUUAUUACCGAUUUUGGGAAAAGAUCAAAGCAGAAGGAUUGAAGAGAAUGACCAGAAAUCACAUACAUUUGACGGAAAAUGAAGUAUUCAGUGGGGAUACUAGUGGAUUCCGUUCCAGUUCUGAAAUAUUGAUCUACGUUGAUGUUAGCAAAGCGGUGUCAGACGGUGUUGUAUUUUAUCGUUCGGCCAAUAAUGUUAUUUUGACCGAAGGACUAGAUGGAGUUUUGCCAAGUAAAUAUUUUGCUAGGGUCGUUGACCGUGUAACCAAAAAACGGUUACUAUAA